AUGGAGCCCUCUGUGCGAGUCGCUGACUUCGAGGCGGUGGAGAGGCACCGGGCCGUUCUGCAGCAGCGGUUGGGUGUGGAGACCGAGCUUGGCGAUGUCAGACAACAGCUGGUGCGUACGGAGCCACUGGGCAGCUCUGAUGUUCUUAAAAAGAUCGAAAAUGUUGUCAAAGAGACACUCUCAUAUCUUGCGAAGGGAGAAGCCCCUGUCAUCACUUUUGACAAACGAUCAUCCUGGGAGAAUAUUUGGUUUGAUAGCAAUGUUGGUUUGCAAAUGGUAUCUGAUUCUGCUAUGAGCAAAGUGAAAUGUGAGUGUCCCAGAUCAAUCCACAGAUUUGCUCUAAUACUUAAGGCUUUGGCGAUGAUCUACAAAUUGGUGCAGAGCAAUACUUACGCAACGAAAAGAGACCUGUACUACAAUGAAUCACAGUUGUUUGGAUCACAAAUGAUUCUUGAUGGUAUUAUCAAUGAUAUAAGCUGCAUGUUAAAAGUCCCACGCAGGUCUCUUCAUGUACUUUCUACGUCUAAAGGCUGCAUUGCGGGUGAUCUAUGCUAUACAGAGGAAGAUGGCAACAGAGUGAACUGUGCUUGCAAUUCUACUGCUGUUCUUGUGCCAUCCAACGUGGAUGGGAUACAAAAUAUAAAAUCUGCUGCUAAAUUUGUGCUUGUAGUUGAAAAAGAUGCCACCUUCCAGAGGUUAUUGGACGAUGACUUUUGCACCAAAUUGUUCCCAUGUAUUAUUAUAACUGGGAAGGGAGUACCAGAUCUAAGCACCAGACUGAUGGUCCGGAAACUGUGGGACAUUCUGCACAUCCCAGCUUUUGCCCUUGUGGAUGCUGACCCACAUGGCAUAGAAAUCAUGUGUAUCUACAAGUAUGGUUCGAGGUCUAUGUCCUUUGAUGCUCACAGUCUGACUGUUCCCAUUAUUAGUUGGUUGGGUUUGCUUCCGUCUGAUAUUCAAAGAUUAAAUAUACCAAAAGAAGUUUUAAUUCCCCUUACUAACAAUGAUAUGAGGAAGUUGAGCAAGCUGCAGAAGAGACCCUAUGUUAACUGUCAACCCCUCUGGAAGAAAGAGAUGGAAAUUAUGGAGACAUGUAAAGUGAAGGCUGAAAUACAGGCCCUGGAAUCUAUUUCUUCUGACUACCUGACAAGAGUAUACUUACCAAACAAACUCAAGUUUGGUGGAUGGAUAUAA